AUGGCCUUCGUGGCUCCCCGGGGCCCCAAGGAUUCAAAAGACAGGGGCCCUGCAGACCCGCAGCAGCAGCAGCAGCAGCAGCAGCAACAGCAGCAGCAGCAGCAGCAGCAGCAGCAGAGUGGCACGACCAAGGAUGUGUCUGCUAGCUCCAGCUCUUCUAAAGCACUGACAGCAGCUGCGGCGGCCCCCGCAGCAGCAGCUGCAGCAGGAGAAGCAGCAGCAGCAACAGGAGAAGCAGCAGCAGCAGCAGCAGCAGCAGCAGCAGGGCCUCCAGUGCUCGUGGAAUGCUUCUAUGUCUCCGGCAGCAAACUGCUGGCAGCAAAAGAAGUCGAAAGGAUUUCCAAAAAGGUCCUGGAGGCCCAGGGGGCCCCCCUGGGUGCUGCUUUUGUUUUAUCUGCUGCUGCUUUUGCUGCUGCAUGCAAACAGUUUGCUGCUGCAGUGCAGCAGCUCUAUGUCCGCGGCGGCUGGCUGCUGGCCACCGUCGAGCCAGUGCCCCCGCCAGCGCAGCAGCAGCAGCAGCAGCAGCAGCAGCAGCAGCAAGAGCAGCAGCAGCAGCAGCAGCAGCAAGAGCAGCAGCAGCAGCAGCAGCAGCAGCAAGAGCAGCAGCAGCAGCAGCUGCUGCGGGUGGAGUUCAGGGCUAAAGAGCCGCUGCUGGACUCUCCGCCGCUUGCUGUGGAGUUCGCGCCGGCGGGGGCGGAGGAGCAGCAGCAGGAAGCAGCAGCAGCAGCAGCAACAGCAGCAGCAGCAGCAGCACCAGCAGCAGCAGCAGCAGCAGCAGCAGGCAGGACUAAAGCCAAAACUCUUGAGUGGUUUCUGGGGCUGCAGGGAGGGGCCCCUUUUAGGUGGAAUGCCCAGAGGUGGGAGGCCCUCCUCAGAAGUGGGCUGUUUGAGAGCGCGUCUGCUGCUGCAGCACUGCAGCAAAACGGCAGCGUGAAGCUGCUGCUGCAGCUAAAGGAAAGCCAGCGGCGGCAGUUGUCUCCAGGCUUAUCAUUCGACGGCUCCCUCAAAAGGUGUUUAGCAGAAAUAAAAUACUUCGACAAAAAUCUCGGGGGUUUAGCGUGGGCCCUAAAGGGGGCCCUAAGGCGUACCCUGGGGGGCCCCCUGGGGGGGGCCCCCAGGGGCCCCUUUGGGGGGCCCCCCCAGCAAAGCCACGCUGCGGAGCUGUGCCUUUCUAAUGAGACCCUGCGGCAGCCUGCGGGCCUCCCAGUCACACGCAUAACCCUCUCCGACAAGACCUUCUUUGCCCAGGGGCCCCCGGGGGCCCCGGGGGCCCCUGGGGCCCCGGGGGCCCUGGGGGCCCCUGGGGCCCCGGGGGCCCCAGGGGCCCCCAACUCAGUGAAGGGGGGCCCCCCAGGGGGCCCCCUACCCUGUAUAGGGAAGCGGCGGACAGCAGCUGCUUGGAGACUGGAUGUGCCCCUAGUGGGGGGCCCCCAGGGGGCCCCCCAGGGGGGCCCCCAGGGGGGCCCCCUGGGGGCCCCCCAGGGGGGCCCCCUGGACGCGAAGUUGCUUGAAGUGUGGGGCCAGUUUGAAGUAGAAGCUUAUCGAGAAGUGCUGCUGCUGCAGCCAGAGAAAAAGGGGGGCCCCCAGGGCCCUGGGGGCCCCCCCUUUUCUGUGGGGGGCCCCCCCAGGGGCCCUGGGGCCCCCCGGCAAGGCCCAGGGGGGGCCCCCCUGGCAGCAGGGUUUGGGGGGCCCCUGCAGCAGCAGCGGGAGUGGCUGGGGAAGCUGCGGGGGGCCCUGGGGGGCCCCCCUGUGAUGAGUUUUGCUGCUGCUGCUGCAGACCCGCUGCUGUCGGGGGCCCCCCUUGGCCAAGACACAGCAAAAGCAACUGUCUCUUUUGCUGCUGCUGCGCGGCAGCAAAGAGACAGCAGAUUCCUAGGCAGCGGCUGUGUCUUGUGUGCAUGCAUGCGCUUGCUGCAGCCGCUGGAAGCGUCUGUACACCUCAGCGCCGGUGUGGGGGCCUCAGCAGCGCUCACUGCUGCUUCUGUUGCAGCAGCAGCAAAAGGAGCUGCGGAGACAUUGUGGGGUGCCCCAGAGUCCCCAGCAGCAGCAGCAGCAGCAGCAGCAGCAGCAGCAGCAGCAGCAGCACGGGGGCCCCUCAGCAGCAGCCCCACAGCUCAAAGGGCGCUGCGCCUCCUCAGGGCUGGAGGGGCCGCGGCGACGAAGGCGCUGACGGAGCGGCUUCCCUUCGUCGGUGCUGCUGUGCUGCAGCAGCAGCAGCAGCAGCAGCAGCAGCAGCAGCAGCAGCAGCAGCAGCAGCAGCCCUGCGCGCAGCCCUUCGUGCGGCUGGACGCUGAAGGGACCCUCAGCGUUACCCCCUAUGCCUUUCUAAAGAGGCGCCCAGCCGAGUGCCUCCCAGGGGGCCCCCUGGGGGCCCCCCUGGGGGCCCCCCUGGGGGCCCCCCUGGGGGGCCCCCUGGGGGGCCCCCAUGGGGGGCCCCCGGGGGGCCCCCCCCGGGGCCCUUGGGGCCCCCUCGCCCGUCUUGUAGACUGGCGGGGGAUCUGCAUGCAGUCCAGGUGGGGGGCCCACCUCUUUGUGGGGCCCCACUUGCUGCAGCAGCUGCUGCAUGCGCGGCGGGGCUCGCUGCCUACAGCAGCAGCAGCAGCAGCAGCAGCAGCUGCUGCUGCUGCUGCGGAGGGGCCCCCUGGGGAAGUCCCCACACUUGAAGCCCGGGGGGCCCCCAGGGGCCUCGAACGUUUUGCUGCUGCUGCAGGGGCCCUCAGAGCGCCCCACACUUUCAUUGUUUCUGCUGCACAUUCGCUGGCUGUUCCCUUUGUUGUCAGGCGGCAGCUAUUCUACGGAAAAGAGGAGACAUCAGUACCCCUUUUACUACUUCUUGUGUUUAUUGAUGGGGCCCUCAUGCCCUUCUCCAGUUCCACAGAGGGGCCCCCAGGGUGUGGGGCGGGGGGCCCCCCUGCAGCAGCAGCAGCAGCAGCUGCUGCUACUUCACAGGCCGCUCCCGCAGCAGAAGCAGCAGCAGCAGACGCAGCAGCAGCAAGCGCUGCUGCUGCAGCAGACGCUGGGGCUGCUGGAGAGGCGGCAGCCCCCUCUGUGCUAGUCGAAGAAGAGCCGCGCAGCAAGCUAGGAUCAGCAGCAGCAGCAGCAGCAGCAGCAGCUGCUGCUGCUGCUGCUGCUGCUCCCUGGCAAGCAACAGCUGGAGUUGCUCUGCGGCUGCGCCCGCUGCAGUUUGGCCUCACCUGGAAUUUAAAAGCCCCAAACGAAGGCUUCCGCUUCUUCCUUCGCCUUAAACACUGA